UUUAGUAGUUUGCCAAAAUGAGACUAACUUCUAAUUUAUUAACCUGCGACGAGUGCAAAGACAUUCUUCAAAAUGUUUUCGGUGACACCUCAGUGGAAUUGGUGGAUUGCGACCUCAAAAGUUUCGACGAAAUAUUGGGAUAUUUAGCGGAACAUUUCAACUUAACCAUUACCUAUAAAAAGGACGGAGUUAUUCAAGAAAUCAAAUUGUUCCUAAAAAUGGUACCAAUGAUUAACGAUAAACAAAAUAAAUUUGUGAAGAAGAUGAGCGUUUUCGGUAAGGAGGUAAAAGUGUAUCAAAACUUGUUGAAAUAUUUUAACGAACUACUGGAUGAACCUUUUGCACCAAAGUUUAUCUACCAGAAAAACUAUGAGAAAGUUGUAUGGGAAAAUAUGGCAUUAAAAAAUUUCAAAGUGUUGAAUACAAACCGUAUGAAUGAAGAACAAUGUUUGUCUGUGUUAAAAUCACUGGCGGGAUUACAUGGAGCUUGUUUAAUAUUUGAGGAACAACAAUCAGUUAAUGGGAAAGUAUUUAGAAUCGACGGUCAUUACCCUGAUGAAGUAGAAGAGAAAACAUUUUCUUAUGAAGAAGGACAUCCUAGAUAUGAUUGGUUAAAAACAGCAUCAAGCAGUAUUGCUGAUUUAGCAACAUUUUUCUCAGAUUCUUCAAAAACUGUAGAAAAAUUCAAGAGGUACAUCUUUAAUGAACUUAGGGACUACUUAAAGCCAUCUAAAAAAUAUCGAAAUGUGUUGGUCCAUGACGACCUUCAUUCAAAUAACAUUAUGUUUAACGAAAACAACCAAAGCAUAAUUGUGGACUACCAGUUGACGAGAUAUGCGCCUCCGGUUUUUGAUGUACUUUUAUUUUUAUAUUUGAAUGCAGGAAGAACAUAUUUGAGUAAUAAUAAAGCUAGGUUGCUUAAAUAUUAUUACACCAAACUGGAAGAUGUCUUAGUUAAACACAAUAUAAAAUUAGAAGAACUAAUCUCAAGAGAAAAUUUCGCAGAAUCUGCCGAAGAAUAUGAUUUACCAGCCUUAGUGGAAGCAUGCCUAUACGGUACAAAUGUCUUAAUAUCACAAAAAUUAUCCAAGGAACUCAUGUCCAACGAGGAGAACUUUGCAAAAUUUAUGUAUCAGGAUAGAGCAUCCUUCAUUACCAGAGAAUUUACAUCCGAUCCGACUUUCCGAGAUAGGUUUAGUGAAGUACUCAUUCCUUUGUUUGAACUGUUCGAAAAAGCUUAAUUCAUUCAAUUUUGUAUUCGUUGUAAGGCUUAACUUUUCGUAUUGUGUGGAUAUUAUAAUUCUAUUCUAAUGAUUAAAGAAUAAACGUAAAUAUAAAAAAUUUA